GAGUUUCAGUACCCAAAACCCAAGAAGAAAAGGAAAAGAAAAGAAAAGGAAAGAAAAGAAAGGAACUUUUAUUCUUCUUCUUCUUCUCCUUCUUCUGUGAUAAUCUCCUCUAACCUACUACAUUGGGAGCAUUUAAGCCAAACCCUAGUGAUGUUAAGCAAAACCCAUUUUUUAUCUCAGUUUUUUGGUGCCUUUUAAAGCUUAAUUCCUUUUCUUUAUUAGCAAUCAUUACUGUCUCUGUUUUCUCUUGUCUUCUCCAAAAAAUUUUUGAAAAAAGAAAGAACACCCAAAAGUGAAAAACUUUACCUUUAACUAUCUUCUGUCUACAGAUCCUUUUUGGUAGGUGUUUUCAUUGUUUUGCAUUUUUUUUAAUGGAAAAAAUUUCAAGAGUUUGUUGGGUGUUUUGCAUUUGAAGUGUUUCAGAUCUGAAGGAAGGCUGAGGUUGCUUGUUUCAAUGCAAUGUCUCUUUUGACUUUUGAUAUCUACUCGUUUCCCUCUCACUUCCGUUCUUUUUCUUUCUUUUGAGUUUUUUUUUUUGUUGGGGAGGUUCUCUCUUGAACUUUGCUGCUGGGAAGUAACUAAAGAGUCUUUGUUUUUCUCUUGGGGUCACUUGAAAUUUCGGUGUUGCGUAAUUGGAGAGAGAGAUCUGUGGAAAUGUUGGCCAUUGGGAGUCCUUUAGCCACCAGUGUUCGUACAAGCACUAGCUGCAAUGCAUUGCUUAGAGAACUUCAGCAAAUAUGGAGUGACAUUGGUGAGAGCGAAGCUGAUAAAGACCGUAUGCUAUUGGAAUUGGAGAGGGAAUGCUUAGAAGUCUACCGCCGGAAGGUUGAGGAAGCUGCCAAUGCGAAGGCUCGAUUACAUCAAUCUGUUGCUGCUAAGGAAGCUGAGGUUGCAACACUUAUGGCUGCUCUAGGGGAGCUCAAUAUUCAUUCACCGAUUCAGACACAGAAGAAAAUGGCAUCAUUGAAAGAAAAACUCACAUCUGUUACUCCACUGCUUGAGGAUCUCAGGAUGAAGAGAGAAGAAAGAAUAAAGCAAUUUGCAGAUAUAAAGACUCAAAUUGAAAAGAUCAGUGGAGAAAUAUCUGGUUUCAACUAUCCCAAUGAUAUUAACUCUUUAGCACUGGAAGACCAAGACUUAUCAUUAAGAAGGCUUACUGAAUUUCAGACGCAUCUUCAAACUCUUCAGAAGGAGAAGUCUGAUCGCCUGCGUAAGGUUUUGGAAUAUGUAAAUGAGGUGCAUUUGCUUUGUGGGGUGCUAGGGUUGGAUUUUUCCCAGACUGUAAGCGAUGUGCAUCCUAGCUUGCAAAAGGUGAACCAGGAACAAUCAACAAAUAUUAGCAAUGGAACAUUUGAAGGUCUAGAGCAGACUAUUAACGAACUGAAAACUGAAAGAAGAAUACGAAUCCAGAAGCUGAAGGAUAUUGUAGCUGCACUAUUUGAACUCUGGAACUUGAUGGAUUCGUCCCAAGCAGAGAAGAAUGGUUUUUCAAGGGCUACUUCUGUUCUUAAAUUAUCAGAAGCUGAAGUUACCGAGCCAGGUGUUCUUUCAACUGAGAUGAUUGCACAGGCAUCAGCUGAAGUGGAGAAGCUCACCAAACUGAAAGCUAGCAGAAUGAAAGAACUUGUCAUGAAAAGGAGAUCAGAAUUGGAGGAGAUUUGCAGAAUGACUCAUAUUGAACCUGAUGCAAGUACAGCUGCUGAGAAGUCUAAUGCAUUGAUUGAUUCUGGUCUAGUGGACCCUUCGGAACUUUUAGCGAACAUUGAAGCACAGAUAACUAAAGCUAAAGAUGAAGCUCUAAGCCGAAAAGAAAUAAUGGAUAGGGUAGACCGAUGGCUUUCUGCAUGUGAAGAAGAAAAUUGGCUUGAAGACUACAAUCGAGAUCAUAACAGGUACAAUGCUGGAAGAGGUGCACACAUUAACCUUAAACGUGCAGAAAAAGCUCGAAUAACUAUAAGCAAAAUUCCAGCAAUGGUGGAUAAUCUUAUCAACAGAACACUAGCUUGGGAAGAAGAAAAAAAGAUGUUGUUUCUGUAUGAUGGGGUACGACUAGUGUCGAUAUUGGAGGACUAUAAACUGACGAGAAAACAGAGAGAAGAGGAAAAGAAGAGAUACAGGGACCAAAAGAAGAUUCAAGAUCUGCUCCUUACAGAGAGAGAAGCCAUGUAUGGGUCAAAACCUAGUCCUAGAAAAAGUAACAGCUUCAGAAAGCCAAAUGGAUAUCGAGCAAAUGGUAACGGAUCGAUGACUCCUACACCUCGUCGGAAUUCAGUUGGUGGAGGAACUCCAGAGCUACUUACACCACGAUCUUACUCAGGGCGUCAAAAUGGCUACUUCAAGGAAAUGAGAAGGUUGUCUACAGCACCUCUAAACUUUGUCGCCAUAUCAAAGGAAGAUACAGUAUCUACAUACACGUCAGUAUGUGGUUCUGAGCUAGGCUCUCCACCUCAUAGUUAAAUUUAGAAGCCAGAACCGGAAGAGGCUACCAUUUAUAGUUCCAACAACUGUACACUCAAUUAAAGCAGCGGAACCUUGUGAAUAUGAAAGGGAUUGUACACUAGUGUAUGAUUGUGAAUUGGUAGGAGGACUUCCACAGGUGACUGACAUUUGAAGAUGUGCGUGUGGAUGGUAUUUGCUUUGAGGGCAACACUCAUAGAUAAGUAGUCUGAAAGUUGUCAUUAACUCUUUUGUCUGUUGAGAUAGGGGGAAAACUAAAAUGGAGAGUGUUAUAAUAGUGCUGACCUUUCUUUCUUGGAUUUUGCUCGCGUUUCAUGUUUAUGUACAUAAGUAUUCCAGUGUGACCAUUAUCAUUUUAGUGUAGGAAGUUUGGUAUCUUUGGAAAUGCAUAUUGUACGAUCUCUGUGAUGCUUUAUGUGACACCAAUAAUUGGUUUUGCCAUCCUGGAAAUUUAUACACGCUGGUGCCGAUUCUGUAGAAAGCUUUUCUCCAGCAGCUUUUUGAACUAUUAGCAACGCAUUUGUUUCAGUCCUUACUGCAUGGCUGCUUCCCUUUCAUGUAUUGGUUGGAGAAGACCAAUGGAGUAGUGGACUUAAGUUAUUGCGCCGAUGAUGAUGAUACAAGAAGUGGUUGCACCCUGACUUUAUUAGUGAAGUGGCAUUUCAGACGUAAAACUUGCAUGUUUCUUAGGCUUUUCCCAGGUUACCUGCUGCCCCUAUAUAUGUCUUCACUAAACUUGUUGAAAUUAUUUCCCUGUUA